UGUACAGCCAGCGAUUUAGUCGUUACUCAUCGUUCGAAGCAAGCGGUCUUUACAGAAGAUAGUAAUAUAAAAUGGUCGACGCGGAAAUCAGGGAGCUUAUGCAAUCCUUUGUGCUGAGCGAUUACCAGGUGCAAGAGUUGUACAAAAGAUUCAAUGAUGAGAUUAGCAAAGGCUUGAAUCGAACCACAAACGCAUUGGCCAACACAAAAUGCUUUCCCACUUAUGUGCAGGACUUGCCAACGGGUGAUGAGAUAGGCAAAUAUCUUGCCCUCGACUUGGGAGGCACAAAUUUUCGUGUGCUGCUUGUAACUCUGAAGGGUCACCAUGAAGAUACUGUAGAGUCUCAAAUCUAUGCUGUACCCAAGGAACUGAUGAUUGGACCAGGCGUGGAUCUUUUCGACCACAUUGCCGAGUGUCUUGCGAAAUUUGUAGAGAAGCAUGACAUGGGCAGUGCGUAUCUACCACUCGGGUUCACAUUUUCAUUUCCCUGCGUGCAGAUGGGCCUUAAAGAGGCUAUAUUGGCCCGAUGGACCAAAGGAUUUAAAUGUCCGGGCGUAGUUCAGGAGGAUGUGGGACGCCUUUUGCGGGAAGCGAUCCAUCGACGGGGUGACGUGGAUAUCGCAGUGGUGGCCAUUCUUAACGAUACCACAGGCACGUUAAUGUCCUGCGCUCAUCGCAAUCCCAAAUGCCGUAUUGGUGUUAUUGUAGGCACAGGCUGCAAUGCAUGCUAUGUGGAGCGUGUGGACCGCGUCGAUUUACUAAAACCCGAAUUUAAACGCGACAAAAAACAUGUGCUUGUGAAUACAGAGUGGGGCGCAUUCGGAGAGAGCGGACAGCUGGAGUUUGUUCGCACGGAAUAUGAUCGCGAAGUGGACCGCACGUCUCUUAAUGUCUCGUCACAGUUAUUUGAAAAAAUGGUUUCUGGCAUGUACCUGGGUCCUAUCGUAGGUUUGGUGCUGCUUCGUGCAUUAGAGAAUAAUGUUAUCUUCAAACGAGACUCGAAGCGUAUGGAAUUUGCGGCUGCCUUGCGUGCUAACCCCAACAGCUUCCACACAAAAUAUAUAUCAGAAAUAGAGUCGGAUUUAUUCCCCGAGUUCACAAUAACACGAGGAAUUCUGCAGGACCUCUUCGGUACAGAAAAGGCAUCGAUUGAGGAUUGCCUGAAGCUAAAGUACAUUUGUGAAUGUGUUGCUCAACGUGCCGCCACCUUGAUUGGCAUUGGCAUUAGUGUCCUUCUUAACAGAAUUGAGGAAAAGGACACAGUAGUUGGGAUUGACGGCUCUGUUUACAGGUUCCAUCCUAAGUUCGAUGCCUACAUGCGUAAAACAAUUGACAAACUGGCGAAGGAUAAGAUCUACGAUAUUAUGCUCUCAGAGGAUGGUUCAGGACGAGGCGCAGCUUUAGUCGCUGCUGUUGCUAGCAAACAGAAGUAGGCAACAAGCAAAUGACAUGUAUUUAUUAGCUAAUAAAUUUGUUAUUGUUAUCAUAAUA